CCACCACCAGACCACACCUGGUCGUUCAGAAGAUCCGCUCCCCUCCUGGGGUGGGACAAAGCUCUGGGGCAGCAGAGCUAGAGCCCUCGCCACGGGGAGAGCGGGUGCGUUGUUGGGAGCGGAGGGUGCCGGUUCCCACAGGGCAACACCUUGCCGGCAGGAGCGGUCCACGAGGGCGAUGCUGGCGGAUCGGAGCUAACUCGUUCCAGCCAGAACCGGAGAUGCUUGGAAAGUGGCUUUGGCCACCAUGGAGGCGGUAAGGACUCGGGUUACAGCUCCUGGAAGGACCCGCCUAGGGGAGGACCCAAGGAGGGAUGGGCUCAUCGGAGCUUUUGCAAACUUGCCUCCCAGGAGCCAGUGUUUCACAGAGGUCUGUGAUGGGCUCUGGGGCUGUAACGCUUGCCUGAAACUUUCCUGUAAGGUACUUGCCUUGUUUUGGUUUUUUUUUUUUUUCCUUCUUGCUUGGAAAGCACCUCUGCCCUCCAGCGAUGGGGAUCUCCUUGCUGGAUAGCUGCCCUGGUUUCCUGUGGUGGGGAGACCAAUGCUAAACGUCAAGUCUGGAUGCGGUGGUUGUGCUUUCAGGCUCUCCUCCCUUCCUCCUCCUUCCAUCGCUUUCUGCUGUUCAAGCCAAAAAUGCUCCCCAGUUACCUGCCGGGUCACCACACGGUACCUCUGCAGAACCCACUCGGCUGCUUUCAUCGCCUGUGUUUGGACACACGACUCUCCUGAACGGCUCUACUACGGCUUGAGAUCUACAAACAUCCCGUGACCUAAAAAGAGAGGAAAGAUGGACUUGUUUUAUCGUACUAGCCCGUGACUCCAUCCCCUGGGGCAGCAGGUUUGAAAGGUCAGUUGUAUAGCUGUCUUUACCACGAGGCGAGAAAGCCAGAUGCUGAAGCGGGCUGAUACAGAGCCCAUUUGACAGCAAAGAUGAGAAGUUCAGCUGCAGGACAGCAGCGAUGAAGCCCUGUUUUUACAAUGAGUCUGUGGAGUUCUUCUACAACAACAGCCGCAAAGAGCUGACCAAGCACUGGAGGACGAAGGAUGUCCUGGUGGUUGCCCUGGGCCUGACAGUGAGUGUCAUUGUGCUCCUGACCAACCUGCUGGUCAUCACCGCUAUCAUCAUCAACCGGCGUUUCCACUACCCCAUCUACUACCUGCUGGGGAACUUGGCAGCCGCCGACCUCUUUGCUGGCAUCGCGUACAUGUUUCUCAUGUUCCACACGGGGCCCAGGACAGCAGAGCUCUCCGUGAAGACCUGGUUCAUCCGCCAGAGCCUCCUGGACACCAGCUUGACCGCCUCUGUGGUGAACCUGCUCGCAAUCGCUGUCGAAAGGCACCAGACUGUUUUCACUAUGCAGUUACACAGCAAAAUGUCCAACCAGCGUGUGAUGAUCCUAAUCUUCUGUAUUUGGGUCACGGCCUUGCUCCUGGGGCUCAUCCCAUCCUAUGGCUGGCACUGCCUCUGUGACCUGGAGAAGUGCUCCAGCAUGGCUCCGCUCUACAGCAGGAGCUACCUGACCUUCUGGGCCAUCUCCAACCUGGUCAUCUUCCUCAUCAUGGUGGUUGUCUACACGCACAUCUUCAUCUAUGUCAAAAGGAAGAUGACGCGGAUGUCCAAGCACACUAGCUUCCACCCCCGCUACAAGGAGACCAUGAUCAGCCUUGUCAAGACGGUCACUAUUAUCCUAAGUGCUUUUGUCAUCUGCUGGACCCCAGGACAAGUUGUGCUCCUCCUCGACGGCUUGGGCUGCAAGAGCUGCAAUGUUCUAGCGGUGGAGAAAUACGUCCUCUUGCUGGCAGAGAUCAACUCGUUGAUAAACGCUAUUGUCUACUCUUACAGGGACAACGAGAUGCGUAGCACCUUCCGGAGGAUCCUCUGCUUUGUCUGUUACAGGAAUUCCAAAUACACCCCCACGGUGGUGAAGUUAAACACCACGGACCGCGGAACACCCUCCCAGAAUGGGCACUUCACUGUGGAUUCCUCGAUUUAGCCCUCGAUCGGCGAGAGCAGCGCGGCGCCCAACAGCGGCCGCUUGCCGAGCAGAGGAGCGGAGGCUGAGAGCCACCUGCUUCUAAAGCAGCAGAGACUUCUUUUAUGUGCUCAAGCAUAAAUCUUUCUAUAGAAUACUUGUCGUCGAUAAAGGACAAGCUGCUUUUAAGGAACCGCUGGAUGGUGCGUUACUUAGGACGAACAUACUUUGAGUAGCGUUCUUAUUAAAGACUGCUGUUUCUAACGCGAAGUUGAUUUAAUUUAGCAGCAUCUAGAAGUAUGCUAUGUGCAACAGGAAUCUCCCGUGAUCUCUCAAGGAGCAAAGAAUUUUCUUGGUACUUCAGUAUUACUGCCUUCAGAAAUAGUCGUUCCAGCGGCAGCGUGCUCCAAAGAGCCAAAGCUCUUCAGCUUUUACGCGUUGCUUCCUAAACAGAGCUGCUUAGUGUUUCCCCAGAGAGUCUUAUUCAGGUUGUGUUCCACCCACUUCAGAAAUCAUCCUCUUAAGGCCUCUUCUGAGAGGAAUCUGUUUGAAUUGCUUCCUGAGAAGCAGAUUCCUGCUUUUCCUAAGUGUCUCUUACUGAAUUUCAAAGUAUUCUGGGCUUUUGGAGGAUGUCUUAGGAGCACCUAAUUCCUUCCUAAAAUGGAGAGUGGUGCCGUAACUAACUGCAGUUGUGUUUGUGUUCUGCUAAGUGAUACCAUGUGGCAUUCACAAGUUCAUUGCCUAUUCAUAAAUGUGGAGUGAGUCAUGUUCCCAUUAAACCAUCUUUCUACUCGCUGAAACCCCUCUGGGACAGGUUUAGGUUAGAUUCCAAGGCAAUCAGUGUUUUGCCUUAGGCUUUAAUGUGCAGUUUGUACCUCUAAUACUCAACUGCUCAAAUAACGCGUUAACAGUCUGUUCAAAUGGAGCCUUUCGGCAAAGCACCAUAAGAAAUUAGCGAUAAUUAAUUACUAUUUCUGCACGUAGGGUCUAGUUUUCUGAGUAAGCCCGUUUUUGCUGCAUCUGACAUGCAAUCGUUGCUCUCGAGGCCACGGCUGGAGGGCAGAGGCUCUGCUGGCGGAAGAAUAUUCGUGGCCGAGAAGCCAUAAAUAUUUCUCCAGGCUUCCUUCACUUUAAAGUUAAAGUCUAACCGUGUGAAUGUGCCUGUGACGGUCCAAAAUCCAGAGUCAUUUUUUUUUUUUACCAUGGGCUUCUGUGAGAGCAGAGAGAGGCUAACAGAGGCAGGCUUUGGAAUAUUGUCUAAAUUUAUAAUUUCAUGUGGGUGUUUUUUUUAAUAGAACAGCUCUGUUCUGCCAGACGAUCAGCUCCCUGACUGAUCACCCUCAGCUGGCUUUGCAGAGAAGACAACUUACUGGAGCCAUCGUUACCCAAAUGUGUGCGUACGGACUUUUUAUCGCAGAACAUGGUCAGGGAAUGACAGUGUUAAGGUGACAGUCCCCUGGACUGACUAAGCCAGUCUUGGAAUACGGUUCCCAUCUCUGUGUCCCAGAGACUUUUUGAAUAAAUAUUUUGUCCUGGG